AUGUCAAACAAUCACUGUCGUUUUUAUGAGAACAAGUUCCCCGAAGUGGACGACAUUGUCAUGGUCAAUGUCCAACAAAUUGCCGAGAUGGGUGCGUAUGUCAAAUUAUUAGAAUACGACAAUAUUGAAGGUAUGAUUUUAUUGAGUGAAUUGUCUCGUAGACGUAUCAGAUCCAUUCAGAAGUUGAUCCGUGUUGGGAAGAAUGAUGUUGCUGUGGUUCUUCGUGUGGAUAAGGAGAAGGGAUACAUUGAUUUAUCCAAGCGUCGUGUCUCUUCAGAAGAUAUUAUUAAUUGUGAAGAAAAAUAUCAAAAAUCUAAAGCUGUGAAUUCCAUCUUGAGAUAUUGUGCUGAGAAAUUCCAAUUGCCAUUGGAAGAUCUAUAUAAAACCAUUGCCUGGCCAUUAAGUCGAAAAUUCGGUAACGCUUAUGAAGCCUUUAAAUUAUCCAUUCUUGACGAUACUGUCUGGGAAGGUAUUGAACCUCCAUCCAAGGAAAUCUUGGAUGAAUUGAAAGUAUACAUUUCCAAGAGAUUGACUCCUCAAGCUGUUAAGAUUAGAGCAGAUGUGGAAGUAUCAUGUUUCAGCUAUGAAGGUAUUGAUGCCAUCAAGGAAGCAUUAAAAGCUGCAGAAGCCAUGUCCACUGAACAAAUGCAAAUUAAAGUUAAAUUGGUUGCAGCUCCAUUGUAUGUCAUUACCACACAAUCAUUGGAUAAGCAAAUUGGUAUUGAUCACUUACAAAAGAGUAUUGAAAAGAUUAAUGAAAUUAUUUCUAAAUACGACGGUGUUUGCAAUGUUACCAUGGCUCCUAAGGCUGUUACUGCUACUGAAGAUGCUGAAUUACAAGCAUUAUUGGAGAAUAAGGAAUUGGAUGAACAAUCUGAUUCUGAUUCUGAAGGGUCAGACAUUGAGUAA